CUCCUCUUCCUCCUCCUCCUCUUCCUUCUUUCCCCCCUCCAUUCACCUCCCUUCCAUCCAUCCUUCCUUCCUCCGACUUUUUUUUUCUUUUUUUCUAUUACUUCUUUACACUGGAUGGGUGCUUAAUAUUUUAUUAAUAUAAUAUAUCACCCCUUCCAUACACUACAACAUGACGACUACUGCUGCAUCAGCGCCUGUGCAGGAUCAGAAGCUCGGAGAUCUGAAUGCCACGCAGAUCCAUGAAGACUAUCCAUACCAAGACUUGCCCCACUUUACUUGGCGUGCCGUGACUGUUGGCAUCCUCAUUGGAACACUACUCUGUUUCACGAACAUGUACUUUGGUCUCCAGACCGGUUGGAUCUCAAUGAUGUCCCUCCAAUCCUCCCUCCUUGGAUUCGCGCUCUUCAAGGCCGCGAAGCGCUACCUCAAGGUGCCCUUCGGUCCUGCCGAAAACAUCGUCCUCCAAUCCGUAGCCGUCGCAACGGGUACCAUGCCCCUCGCUGCCGGAUUCGUCGGUAUUAUUCCCGCACUCCAGAUGAUGACCCUCGCAGAUAACCCGGCGACGGACACUUCAGCCGGAGGAGGGCUCUUUCUUUCGGCGGGGCAUAUGAUCCUAUGGAGUCUGGCGAUUGCGUUCUUUGGAGUGUUUAUUGCGGUGCCAUUGAGGAGGCAGGUUGUGAUCAAGGAGAAAUUGCCGUUUCCAUCGGGUACGGCUACGGCUCAGAUGAUUGGGGUGUUGCAUAAUACGCCAUUGGUCGUCAGGGGACCCGUCACGAGGGUGGCCUUGAAUGAUACAGAGACCUCGGGGAAUCUGGAGAGCGCAGGGAUCCGGAGGCGGAGAGCCGUGGUGGAGAAGGUUGAUAGAGAUGGCGAUGUAGAAGAGGCCUUUGGGGAUGUAAAGCAUGGUCGUGUUGCAUCCAGUGUCAGCACUCCGUUGGAUGAGAUUCCUCCACAACAAGGAUUGGGACAAGUGGCGCCGGUUGAUUACAUCUCGAGGGAGGAUGAGAUCGAGAUCAAAGGCGAGAAUGGCGAACACUUCACGUUGAGCAAGGAUUUUCUGCAGGAGGAUAACUGGAGACUGAACAUGAUUGCGCUCGGAUUGGCGUUUGGAGCGUCGGCGAUCUAUACGAUCUUGUCGUACUUCUUCCCGGUCGUCGCGGCGAUCCCGAUCUUUGACUGGCUCUCGGGAAUGACGGUCUCAGUUGCGGGAACUUGGCAGUGGUACCUGACUCCGUCGCUCAGUUAUGUCGGUCAGGGUGUUAUCAUGGGAUUCCCUACGACGGCGUCGAUGUUGUUGGGGUGCAUUGUUGGCUGGGCUAUUCUGUCGCCCGUGGUGACGACCAAGAAAUGGGUUACUGGACCGGUGGGCAGCUCGACAACGGGUGCACGUGGAUGGAUUCUAUGGAUCUCGCUUGGAGUGAUGAUCGCUGAAGCCGUGAUCUCGUUGUUGGGUGUCAUUGUGCUUUCGUUGAUCGCGCACUACCGUCGCAGGACACGCGAGCGCCGUCGUGCGGAGCGUAAGGCCGCGCUUGAAGCAUCGGCGGCUCAGACGGGUGCCGAGGUUGAUGCGUUCAGUGAGUUGGAGGAAGAUGUCGAGGAUGAGGAUGCACCGAUCGAUCAGCUUGUGCCGCUCAAGGUCUGGGUUUGUGGGUUGAUCCUCUCGUCUGCGUUAUGUCUGCUUUUGAUCUGGGUCGUUUUCAAGGACCAGCACAUGCCUGUCUACGCAACCUUGUUGGCGGUCGUACUCGGAUGUAUUCUGUCAGUGCUGGGAGUGCGCGCCCUGGGAUCCACAGAUCUGAACCCCGUCAGUGGAAUCGGCAAAGUGUCACAGUUUGUAUUUGCGGGUGUGGUGCCCGGAGGAAUCGUCGCCAACUUAAUCGCCGGAGGCAUCGCAGAAGCUGGAGCACAGCAGGCAGGCGAUUUGAUGCAGGAUCUCAAGACCGGACAUCUACUGGGUGCAUCGCCAAGGGCACAGUUCUAUGGACAGUUGAUCGGAUCGAUUGCAUCGGUAUUCAUCUCGACGGGUGUGUUCAAGCUGUACUCGAGCGCGUACGAGCUGCCGGGCCCACAGUUCGCAGUGCCGACGGCCAAGGUCUGGUUGGAUCUCGCGAGACUGGUAAACGGACACUCGUUGCCGUACAACACCUCUCCCUUCAUCUGGGGGUUCGCUGCCUUCUUUGCGGUGCUGACACUGAUCUCUGUGAUCUUCUCGGACGUGGCCUUCUUGCGGUCGAGGAGCAGGAAUGGUUCAGUGCGCGGUCGACCACGGUGGGUGGGGUGGAUCCCUUCGGGGAUUGCGUUUGCGAUCGGGAUGUAUAACCUGCCGAAUUUUACGCUAGCGCGAUUUGCAGGCGGAGUGGUAUCAUUGUGGUGGGAUUGGCAUUGUAGAAAAUAUGCGAGCCAUCCGACAGCGAGAUUUGCAAAGCUUGGAAGGGUAUUCUUGAUUAUUGUCGCGUCGGGAUUCGUGUUGGGAGAGGGCACGUUUUCGAUUUUGAAUUUGAUCCUGAAGACGGCAGGUGUGCAUUCGACGUCGUGUGUUGGAUGUUACCAGGGCGCGUGCAGCUGCAACUGAAGGACGAAUGAACGGAUAAACGGACGUGUUGCAGUUCUUUUUGGGUGUCUAUGGGUGGCACUGGCACCCCAGUUAUAUUUAUACUUUGAUACUAUAAUUUCAACCAAGCAAAG